AUGAGGGACAAGGCGGCUCGGCGACGACCCGACCCGCGUCGCAUGAUGGUCGGAAAGGCGCCAAAGAAUCACGUUCACAUUGGCCUGUGUGUCCUGUACAGCGGCAGCGGAUUUCGUGGGCUGCAGAUCCAGGCCCACGCACCGACGUGUCACACGGUUGAGGGCGUACUAAUCCAAGCACUGAAGGAUGCCGGCAUCAUCGCCGACGUGGUCCGCGGAAGGCCUGCCGGCGAGCAUCACCACUUUGCCCGCUCCUGUCGCACUGAUCGUGGCGUUCACGCUAUUCGAAACAUGGUCUCUCUCUUCGUUCCCAAGGAGAUCUUUGAGGAGGUGGGGCAGACGGAGGGCAUCUGUGAGAAGCUUAACAGGCAGCUCCCGGCCACGGUUCGUGUCGCGAACGUCAUGCAGCUCUCCGGCAGCUUCAUCCCGCGCCACUGCUGCAACCGCCGCGUGUACCGCUAUAUGCUGCCACUCUACGCCCUCUUGCCGCCGUGUGACACAUGGGCCGCGGUCGACAAGUACUACCCCGGCUGCGUCGCUGACGUGCAAGCGCUGGAGAAGGAGGCGGCCGCGGCGCUACGAACCCAAUACGGUAUCCCGUACGUCGACCUAGAGAAGAUGAAUGCAGUCGCGCCUCCGGCUGGUGCGCAGACGCCGCCGUCGUCGUGGCUGCGCGACCUGAAAGCGAACACGGAUCGGUGCAACCAGAUGCUGCGCUCGCACUUCACAGGCUCGCGCCGGUAUCACAAUUUCUCCGUUGACAUCGACUCAAACCGUUCCGGUGUGAGCGCGAAGGUUAUUCAGCCAACGACCGACGAGGCACUGCGCGCCAUCUACCGCAGCGAAGUGUGCCCGCGCUUAUUCUUCUUCCCCUGCUCGACCAAAGGCGGAGCUGCUGACGAGGCGCCAGUUCUGGUGCACGGCGAGAGCAGGACGGAGUACGACAUGAAUCUUCUCAGGUACCCGCCACGAAUGCCCACCUCGCCAGAGGACACAAACGGCGGCUGCUCCGCAGCCCCUACAACGACGGCUCCUACCGGCACCAGCACCACCCCCGCCACAUGCCUGUCACCGAACACGACAGCGCUGCCGUUCCUCUUUUUCCAAAUCGAGGGCUGCUCCUUUCUGCUCAACAUGAUACGCAAGAUCAUCGGGUCGGUGCUGGCGGUGUGCCGCGGCGCUCGCGAGCCCAUCCUCGAAGAGGCGUUCUCGCCUGAGCGUCGCGUCACGACCCCGCUGGCGCCGGGGCCGUACCUGUACCUUGCUCAGUCCACCUAUCACGGGUACGACCGUUCCAUUGGCGGUGCCGGCAAUGCACACCAGGCUGGGCGCCUCAGAACGGUGCAGGACGCGUGGGGCGGCGCGGUUAGUGAGGCGGCGGAGUUGUUUGCGUUCCACAAGAUUGCGGCCGACAUCGUGGACGUGGAUCUGAACGCGAUGCCGCCCCUGGACGACAUCCUCGCGGCGCGCGAUCGUGCACUGGUGGCGAGUCGGCCGCACACUGCCGUCGAGGACGCGCAUCUCGCCGAAAUGAAGGAGUACAAACCUGUGCUUCCUACUCGCAUUCCGUGGCCAGCCAGCAGUGAAAUGACGGUGUUCUUGCGGCUACUGCGGGUCCACAACUGGAACGUGCGGCCUAUCCGGCUGGACCCGGCCUGCAAAGCUCUGCGUGAGGCCAAGAAUAAGAAAGAGCGGUCAACCGCCUCCUCCAUGGCCGCGGCGGCAUCACCGGGAGCCGAGGCAAGCACGGCGGGAGAGGUGGAUGGAGACGAUGCGAAGGCAAACGAGGCUGCCGUAGAGCAGGCGGCUACGCCUACGGAUGGCGCAGGGAGGAUGCACAGUAAAGGAAGUGGUAAGGUUGGCGUACCGGAGGGUGGCGAGGAUGGCUGGUUGUACGUGGCAGACACCCCCGAGGAGGCAUCGGUGCAACGCCAAGCCUACUUUGCGAGCUGGUGGAAGCGGACUCGCCCCUGGGAGUACGACGACGCCACGGGGAAGUCCUUGAUGGAUGGCGAAGAGGUCGGGACCGAGGAUGACUUCGAGGACGGCGAUGACAGUACUGCUCGGCCGCGGCGACACCGCCGUGUCUGA